AUGAUGCUUAGCUUUGGUAUUUGGAAUAUUAGGGGUGUUAAUUUGGCCCCUAAGCAAAAAGAAAUAAAAAAUUUGAUAAAGGAGAAUAAUUUGAGUCUUCUAGCUGUUCUUGAAUCCCAAGUUUGUGCUAGUAAACUCGAUGAGAAGUGUGAUAAGAUUUUUGGGUCUUGGAAGUGGGUUGCUAAUAAUAGAAAUAAGGGAAAUACUACACGUAUUAUUGUUGGAUGGAAUUCUAAUUGGUUUGAUGUUAACUUGAUUGAUCUUAAUGAUCAAGUUAUACAUUGUAAAAUUAGUUUCCCUUCUAAUAAUAAGUAUGUUUUUUGUUCCUUUGUUUAUGCUGCUAAUAAUUAUAUUGAUAGAAGAGUUUUAUGGUCUUCGCUCAAGCAUUUCAAAGAUUUUGUUUGUGAUGAUCCUUGGAUUAUAGGAGGGGAUUUCAAUGUCAUGCUUAAUCUCAAUGAAAGCACUGUCGGUUCUUUUAGGUUUUCUAGAGGCAUGGAGGAUUUUCAUGAUUGCAUUAAUUGUCUUGAAAUUCAAGACAUUAAUUGUAAUGGGCUGAAUUAUACUUGGAAUCAAAAGCCUCGUGGAAAAAAUGGCAUUUUAAAGAAGCUGGAUAGGGUCAUGGGUAAUUGUAGACUUUUUGAUGAUUUCCCUUCUCUUUAUGAUUCUUUUCUUCCUUAUGGCAUUUCUGAUCAUAGCCCUUUGGUUAUUAAAAUUCCCUUGAAGAUGAAGUUCAAAGUUUUACCUUUCAAGUUUUCUAAUGUUCUUACUAGCUGUCCGGAAUUAAAGGUUUUGGUUGAAUCCCACUGGAAUGCUGAAAUAAAAGGGAUUAAAAUGUUUCAAUUGGUCCAAAAACUCAAAAUUCUUAAAAAGCCUAUCCGAAAGCUGUUAAGAAUUCAGGGUCAUUUGUCUGAAAAGGUUGAUCACUGUCGUAAAGAACUUGAAGCUGUUCAAGCUGAUCUUGAUAAAGAACCGUUCAAUUCUGAGCUUAGGGAUUUGGAGGCUAUUUUUCUUGUUGAGUUUAAUAAAGCCUAUGCUGAAGAGGAAAGUUUUUUAAAACAGAAAGCGAAAGUGGGAUGGCUAAAGGAAGGAGAUAGUAAUUCUAAAUAUUUCCAUAAAGUGGUCAAAGGCAAAAUAAUCAGAAACAAUAUCAAAGCUGUUAUGAAUGAUGAAGGGAAUUGGAUUGAAGGUGAAGAUGUGCCCAAAGUUUUUAUUGAGUAUUUUUCUAAAUUUUUGGGGGCUGCGAUUCCUUGUGCUGAGAUCAAUAAUCCUCAUUCUUUGUUUUCUAAAAAGCUUGAUCUUGUGCAAGCUGUUGAAAUGGUUAAGGUGGUUACUGAUGAGGAAAUUAAGAAUGCGCUUUUCGAUAUUGAUGAUGAUAAGGCUCCUGGGCCUGAUGGUUUUUCUGCAAAAUUUUUCAAGUCUAUGUGGAUUGUUGUUGGAAAUGAUUUUUGCCAAGCUGUCAAAGAAUUUUUCUGCAACGGUCAGUUACUCAAAGAAGUUAAUGCCACUGUUAUUGCUUUAAUUCCUAAGAUUGAUACUCCUGGGAAGGUGAGUGAUUAUAGGCCGAUUUCUUGUUGUUCUGUUAUUUAUAAAUGCAUCAGUAAGAUUAUUGUUGGAAGAAUUAGGAAUCAUUUGUGUUCUAUUGUUUCUGACAAUCAAUCCGCUUUUAUUCCUGGUCGUUCAAUUGUUGAUAAUAUUUUGUUAUCGCAAGAGUUAGUCAAGGGGUACCAUCGUGACAGAGGGUUUUCUCGAUGUGAUAUGAAGGUGGACAUUCAAAAGGCUUAUGAUACGGUUAACUGGUCCUUUCUUCAAGACAUUCUUUUUUUCUUUGGAUUUCAUCCUGUUAUGAUCAAGUGGAUAAUGAGCUGUGUUAGUACUCCCUCUUACAUGUUAAGUAUUAAUGGUACUUUUCAUGGUUUUUUUGAGGGUAAGAGGGGUCUUAGACAGGGCUGUCCCCUCUCUCCCUAUUUGUUUACUCUUGUCAUGGAAAUAUUUAAUUUGAUAAUUCAAAGAAGAAUUCGCAAUGAAAAGAUGUUCAAAUAUCAUUGGAGUUGUAAAAAGCAAAAAAUCACUCACCUUUGUUUUGCGGAUGACCUGAUGAUUUUCUGUCAUGGAAAUAAAGCUUCGGCUAGGGUGGUUAAAGAAGCACUUGACGAAUUUGCAGGGGUGGCAGGGCUUUUACCGAAUCUUGCUAAAAGUCACAUUUUUUUCGGAAAUGUUAAGGAUAAUAUAAAGAAUAAGAUUCUUCGAACUCUUUCUUUUGUGGAAGGAAAGCUGCCAAUGAGAUAUUUGGGAUUACCUUUGAUCUCCACAAGGCUCUUUAUUAAAUAUUGCAAAAGACUUGUUGAUAAAGUUAGGAAAAGAAUUGGAGAUUGGAAAAAUAAGUUCCUUUCUUAUGCUGGUAGAUUGCAGCUUAUCUCUUCAAUUCUCUUUUCUCUUCCUGUGUACUGGGCCUCUAGUAUGCUUAUUCCUAUUAGUACAAUCAAGGAAAUUGAAAAGAUGAUGAAGAAUUUUUUAUGGAACCAUGAUGAAACAAAAAAAGGAAGAGCUAAAGUGGCAUGGUCGUCAAUUUGCAAACCUGUGAAUAAGGGAGGAUUGGGUCUUAGAAGUCUUCGUGUUUGGAAUAAGGCUAUCUUAUCUAAACGGAUUUGGUUAAUUAUCUCUGAGGCUGAUUCUAUUUGGGUAAAAUGGACCAAAAUUAAUCUUUUAAAAGGGAGAAGUUUUUGGGAUAUAGAGAAAAAGAAUGGGCUUAGUUGGAGUUGGCGGAAUCUCAUUAAGCUAAAAGAUGUGGUUCGUGUUCAUUUCUGUAAUAAAAUUGGUGAUGGAGCUAGAACUUUUAUGUGGUUUGAUGAUUGGCAUCCGCUGGGACCGUUCUCUUAUGUUCUCUCUCCUAGAGAAAUUUCGCAAGCUGGAUUCAAUAUUUCUAAUAAGGUCAAAGAUGUUAUGGUUGAUGAUUCUUGGUUUUGGCCAGGUGAAUGGUGUGAUCUAAUUCCUCAGCUUAGGAAUUUCAAUCUUCCUGUUCUUGAUUCUCUUAUUUCUGAUAAAGUUAUGUGGAGGAAUAAAUCUGGGAAAAUGUUUGAGUUUAGCAUUAAAAAAGCAUGUGAAGAUCUUGCUGAUUUUGGUCUGGAUGUAUCGUGGGUCCAUUUGGUUUGGUUCAAGCAUAGAAUUCCAAGACACAGUUUUAUAUUGUGGCUUGCUAUUCAGGAGAGACUCAUGACACAGGAUAGAAUGAGAUUUUGGGAUAAGAAUAAAAAUCUUAAUUGUGUUUUAUGUAAUGAUCAGUCUGAUUCGCACUCUCAUCUGUUUUUUGAAUGUCCCUUCUCUACAUUUGUCUGGAAAGCUGUAAUUGAUAGAGUGGAGAUUAAAAUUAAAUCCCAUAGCUGGAUGGAAUUGAUUGAAGAACUUCAGGGGCUGCUUAAGGGUAAAAGUAUUCAAGUGUUCAUUGUGAAAAUUGCUUUUGCUGCUUCUGUUUAUUAUGUUUGGAAAGAAAGAAACAUUAGGCUUUUUAGGAAAGGAAAGAAUGAGGGGAUGAAAGUUGUUUUGAAUAUUUUUGAAGAUAUCCGCCUCAAGCUUAUUGGUCUCAAAAGUGAAUUUUUGGGGUUUGAUAAUGAAGUUAAAAGGAAGUGGGGUGUUCCUAUGGGAAAGGAGAAUCAUGAUUUUUUGAUGAUUAAAGGAUUUGACGGUUAUGGGUUUAGCAAUUUUCCUUUAAAAAUUGCUUUGCUUGUCGGUUUGAUCCCGAUUUUCUGGAGGAAUUUUCCUCUAGAAGUGGUUUUUCUCAUGCAAAUGGGUUUUAUCCCCAUUAUUGGUUGUUUUCCUCCUUGGCAACUUGGAGUCUCCACCUCGGUGGUUGCCACUGCUAGUUUGAUUAGCAAGUGGUGGGAUAAUUACCCAUCAAUACCAGGGAUUGGGUACCUUUUCCUUAAACUGUACCACAUUCAGGUUGGUUGUUUCCUUUGUUUACAUAAAAACAACCACUUUUUAUUGUAUUGGAAUGCUUGUAUGGUUAUUGCUAUCCGGUUUAUCCCGGAUUUCAUUGGUAGUUUUACCUUUGAAGUGGUUCUUUUCUUGAUACAAAUGGGUUUGAUUCCCAUUAUUGGUUGUUUUCCUCCUUGGCAACUUGGAGUCUCCACUUCGGUGGGUGCCACUGCUAGUUCGAUUAGCAAGUGGUGGGAUAAUCACCCGGUAAUACCACGGAUUGGGUACGUUUUCCUUAAACUGUACCACAAACAGGUUGGUUGUUUCCUUUGUCUUCAUAAAAACAACCACUUUUGGAUCCUUAGGGAUUCUUAUCUUGGUAUUUGCUUUCUGGUUUAUCCCAGAAUUCAUUGGAAUUUUUCCUUUGAAGUGGUCAAUUUUUUAAAGCAAAUGGGUUUGAUCCCCGUUAGUUGGAAUCUUCUUCCUAGGCAACUAGGAAUCUCCACUUUAGUGGGUGCCACUGCUAGUUCGAUUAGCAAGUGGUGGGAUUUUUACCCGUUAAUACACUGGAUUGGGUACGUUAACCUUAGACUGUACCACAUUUGGGUUGGUUGUUUCCCUUGUUUUCAUAAAAACAACCACUUUUGGAUCGUUUUUUCAUCUUGGUUUUACCAAGUUUUUAAUGCAAACCGGUCUAUCCCGGUUAUCAUUGGUAAUUUUACCUUUGAUGUGGAUUUUGAAGGUUCAAUUCUUAAUUAUUUAGGAAUUAACCUUCAAGGGUAUUUUUGGAAUAUUCCCAUUAAAAAAGGAAUUGACGGAUUUUUCAUCAUUGGAGUGAUUCUUAAGAAGAGUGUUAGCGGAUUGGAAUUUUAUGACAUUGAAGAUUGUGGUUUUUUCGGUUCUAUGAGCUCUUUUUUUGUUAGAAGAUGGUUUACUCAUCAAGGGCAAUUUUGGAAUUUUUGGUUUAUUCCUUUGGAAGAAUUUUUGAAGAUUAAUUGGAAUUGUGUGUGCAAGAAAGAAUUUGGAGAAAAGUUGAAGAUUCUUUGGAAAUGGUGGAAUUUGAUUGGUCAUCCCGGUUUUAGCAACAUACUUUCAUGGAAUUUGAAGAUUUUUGCUUUAGCUAAUGAGAAUAUCGGAAAAUUUUUGGAAGAUUUAAUUGACAAUUUUAGGAAUUGUUUCAAGAAUUUUGUGAAGGAUAUUGGGCUUAUUUUUUGGAGCAUAUGGGUUUUUCAAGUAAAGAUUGGAAAGAAGUUCAACAAUUGGUUUUUGGAGAUGGAUGGAAAGUAUUGCAUGAAGAGUAAAGUUCAAAGUUCAAAGUUGAUUGCUAUUCUUGGAUUUAUUCCGGUUUGGAGAAGUUUGAAAUUUUAUGAUGGUUUGAUUGAUUUGGUCAAUGAUUCUCUUGAUUUGGAAGUUCCUUGGAUGUUUUGUAAGAUUGAUAUUAUCCAAACCUUGGAUUAUUUGUUUGAGUAUGAGGCCAAUUUUUGGGAUUUGGUUUGGUGGAGGUUUAAUGGUUACUUGAAGAUUGAAGAUUUUGAAGAUUUCACUAGAUGGAAGAUUUUUGAUAUGGAGCUAAUUGUUUAUUUCUUUGGAAGCUAUGUUUGGUUUCAUAUUUUGCUUUGGAGUUGGACAUGGAAGUGGAUUGGUUGGUUUUUGUUAGAUAGGUCUUUUUGUCCUUUUAAAAAUUAUUGUUUAGAUUAG